AUGGAAUUCAGAUGUAAAAGAUUAGGCUUAAUCCCCCCCCAAACAAUUGUUUUCCCUAAACCUGGAUAUAAUGAGCAAUUGGGAUCCCUCGUUUACCCCAGCAAUGUAGGAGGAAAUUGCUGUUCUAGCACAAUCGCUAGAAAAAGACACAUUAGUGCAUCUCCAUUCGUUAGCGUGCCUAGAUGCAGAAUAGGUCAUUUUCAAAGACACGCGGAAGUUCCUGUUUUUCACAAAAUACCAAAGAUUGUCGAAGUCCCCGAAGUGCGAGAAAUAACGCGAUUUGUGGAUUCUGUAAAGGUAGUAGACAUUCCAGUGGAACAAGUUAGGAUUGUUCCUAAAUUAAAAAUAAGAGAAGUUGAAAAAAUUAGAUACGUACCAGGUAUAGUAGAAUAUAUAGAUAUUGAACAGGAGCAAAUUGUUCAUAAACCGUAUACAGAAAUAAUAGAAAAAAUUUACGAGAUACCUGAGAUUGAAGAUGUAGAAAUAGAGGUACCAAUUUAUGUGCCUACGCCAGUUGGCCCUCCAAAAGACGUCCAUAUUAAUGUCCCUUUACCUUAUGAUGUCCCACAAUUUUGUUAUAAACCGCAUAAACAAAUUGAUCAAGGGAUUCGAUACCCUACAUUUCACAGAGUGAUAAACAAAGACCCUAACCUUUAUGUAGAAGAAGAACUUGGUGGCUAUUCGUCAGAUGUAGAUCAUUCUAAAAAAGAAAAAGAAGAAAUGAAUUCAUCGUCCUAUGUGAAACUAGGUGCUACAUGUAGAGAAAGGAAAAAUAAUAAUGAAUAUUCUAAGAGAGGAUACUGCGUGAACGAAAACAAUGUGGAUGACCAGAACAUACGUGAUAAGCACAUGAAUGAAGAAUUAAGGUGUUAUUAUGAUUAUCAAAAAAAUAAUUCUCAUAAUGAAGAUGAAAAUUAUAGUAAACAUUUUAGUAAUUAUGGAUAUAACAACAAAGGAAAAGGUGCUGCACAUAACGAAAAUAACUUGGAUUCAUCUGAACCAUUUGAAAAAUAUUAUUAUUCCUAUUCCGCUUUUAAUAACUAUAAAGGAGAAUAUAAUCAAAACGAUAAUCAUGAAGACAAUAAGAAUUAUAUAUAUGAUAACGAUUUUUCUAACAAAGACACUUGCAACAAGAAAAAUUCAGCAGAACUUAUAGUAAAACGGUCAAAAAAUUCUUACUAUUAA